AUGUUGGAAGAGCCAGCAAAGAGAGAAAAAAUUGGGAGCAAGUCGUCUUCAAUUGAUGUGGAAGAUAAAAGCAUGCCGACUCCUCCAAUUUCUUCAGUAGACAGGAAGAUCUCCAAGCAGCAAUUAAGUGCCAUAAUUGAACACAAUGGCUCGGAGGAAUAUUGCUGGGAAAUGGAUGACGCAGGAAAAAUUUCAAACCCUCAGGAAACAGAGUGCAAACAGCUUGUUGUUUUCGUUCCUCAGGACCCAAAUGAUGUAAAUAAUGUUGAUGAAGACACCUCAUCUGAAACAGAAGAGAUCCAAAUUGAAGCAUUGACAGGCCGAGAAAAGGAACAAAUGGAUUUUUCUGAAUACGUGCAAGAUGACACUGUAGUUAGCAAUCAGUCUGAAAAUUUUGAUUUACAGAUAAUGCGAGUGGUGGUAUCUGAUGAUGAAAGCCUCAACCAAAGAUAA